CCUUGCUCACGAGUACAGUAUCGCCCCAACUUCAACUUCAAAUCUCAUCCCUCUCAAAGAUGGCGCAACUUCAAUCUUUUCUCGCGAAAGCAAUCACCAAAAUAAUCUUGGACGCUCAAAACCGCGGAUACAUAAUCGUCGGAGCCAUGGCGUCUCUUCCAGUCGUCGUGGGAGUCCCUACACCAGGGUACCCCAAUCUCGACUCCCCAAACCCAGACUACCACGACUUCGCUCUAGAACAAUCAGAUAACGCCACAGUACUCGCAGACUCGCUCUACUUCCGAGCAGGUAAUAUGGAAUUCGUGCAAUGGGCAUCCCGCGCGGAUAAAAUUCGCCAUACGAGCAGCCACGCAUACUGCAUGGGCAACCUCUCGCUAGCAUUGGAGGGCGUCGGAGCAGCAUAUCAAGCGAGUUCGAGCGGCUCGACAACGCUGUUAACUCUUCUCCCUACUGUUGGCGCGCUGGUAGGUCCGCCGGCGAAAGAGCUCUGGGUGCUGUAUAAAUUGGUUCCGCUGGCGGGGUUCUUUUCGAGCGUGCUUGCGCUGGGUGGAAGUAUUGUUCCGCAGCAGGUCAGCGAGUAUGCUAGUCUAGAGGACUUUUCGUAUAGUGGGAUGCCAAGUGCGAAUGCGGUUGAUGGGAUGAUGAAGCGGAGGCCGAGUGGGAAGAUGUGGACUGAGCAGGCGAUUGUUGAUCCUCAGGUGGUUGCGGCGCAUUUCGCAGAUCAGGUGUAUGCCAGGGCGAUGGAUUCGAGGGGGUCGAGUAAGACGUGGAAGGUUGCGUUGGGGAUGGUGGGGAUGGUGGCUUGUAUAUUGUUGAUUUGCUGCGCGUGCGCUAUCCUUUCGCGUGGGAGUAUUGUGGUGUGGUGGUGUAGGGUAAGUUGGAACGGUGUCAGAUGUGGGUAUGGCUGA